AUGGAUGAAAUUAAACUAAGUGAUGAUGUAAUUGAACAAAUAAAAGAUUUUGAGUAUGGGAAAUUGACUGAAGAACAAGAAUCGUUAACUGAUAAACUAAUAACAGACAAAGAAUUAAAAGAACGUUAUAAAAAUUAUGGUUUAUGUAAAAAAUGUAAGCAGCCUAAUACUUACAACUAUUAUUGUCGAUCAUGUAAUUCACAAUAUUUUAAACAAAAUUUCAACAAUUGGACAAGUGGAAAUCAUGACGUUGAUGAAUUUAUUCAAAAAGUACAAUUAAAAGCUAGACAUGCGGUUUAUACCAUAGAGUGGAUUGAAUAUGAUAAAUUUGAAGAUGUUGAAUAUUUAGCAAAAGGGGGAUUUGGAACUACUUUUAAAGCAGUUUGGAAAGAUGGAUGCAUUGAAGAUUGGGAUGAAAAUAAUCAACUUAUAAUAAGAGGUGAAACAAAAAAAGUCGCUUUAAAGUGCUUACAUAAUUCACAAGAUAUUACGGCAGAUUUUUUAAAAGAAGUUGAAUCGAAUGUUACAGUAUAUAAUACUGGAUGUAUAGUUCGUUGUUUUGGUAUUACCAAAGAUCCAAAAACAAAUAAUUUUAUGAUAGUAAUGGAAUUAAAAAAUGGUGGUUUAAGACAACAUUUAAAUAAUAACUUCAUUUCGUUGAAUUGGGAUCACAAGUUGUAUAGUUUAUUUGAUAUUGCAAUUGGUCUUCAAGAUAUUCAUGAUAAAGGAUUAAUUCAUCAGGAUUUUCAUUGUGGGAAUAUAUUAAGCAAUUUUGAUCAAGGAACUUUUAUUACUGAUUUAGGAUUAUGUCAACCAGCAAAUGUCAAAUCCUCUCAAAAUAGUAAUAAAAAAAUAUAUGGGGUAUUACCUUAUGUAGCUCCAGAAGUUUUAAGAGGAAAAGAAUAUACUCAAGCAAGUGAUAUUUAUGGAUAUGGAAUUAUUGCAUAUGAAAUUUGUACAGGUUUCCCCCCUUAUUAUGAUAUAGCUCAUGAUGAAUUCUUAACAAUGAAAAUUUGUAAUGGGUUAAGACCAAAGUCUAAUUACAGAAUUCCUCAAUUAAUUUUUGACAUUAUUAAUCAAUGUUGGGAUGCAGACCCUUUAAAACGACCUAAUGCAAGUGAAUUGCGGGAGUUAAUAUUUAGAUUGGUUCGUGAUAUUCAUCUUAAGAAAGUGGAUUCUGUAAUUUAUGGGCAAGUUAAAGAAGCAGAUGAAAUUAAUAAAAAAUUAUCAUUUUCAUCACCUUUAAUAUCUACUGGUACUAUAUCAUAUACGACAAAUCCUCAAGCAGUUUAUACAAGUAGACUUUUGGAUUUUAAAAAUCUUCCAGAACCAAAAAAUGCUGAUAAUAAUGAUGAUUUACUUGGAAUAGAAUAUUCAGAUUCCUUAAAAAUGGAUUUUACUAAACUUAAUAUUAAGUCUGAAAAUGAAAAUAAUUAA